AUGGCGCGAGAGGGCGUCGAGCGAGGUGGGAACGAGGAGGUGCGGUUGCUCGUGUGCGACAAGUGCUUCAAGUACAUGGCACUUCCGGCCGUCUUUGCGGCUCAUGCAGUGCAGUGCGCCGUCAAGCAGCCACCUGGGCGGCGGGUCUAUCAGCGAGGCGCGAUCAGCAUCUGGGAGGUCGACGGCGUGGUGGCCAAACUCUACUGCCAGAACCUGUGCCUGUUCGCCAAGCUCUUCAUCGAGCACAAGUACAUGUUCUUCGACGUCGAGGGCUUUACGUUCUACCUUCUCACCGAGACGAUGGCCAAGCAGGAGUGGGUCCUCGGCUACUUCUCCAAGGAAAAGGUCUCGUACGACGACAACAACCUCGCCUGCAUCGUCGUCUUCCCGCCCUUUCGCCAAAAGGGCUGGGCAACCCUCCUCAUCGAAUUCAGCUACGAGCUCUCGCGCCGCUCGUCGAGCACGGCCGGCUCGCCCGAGCGCCCUCUCUCCGAGCUCGGCCAGAAGGGCUACCUCGCGCACUGGACGGCCGUGCUCGUGCGCUACUUUCGCGCC